CGUCGUAUGCAUUCAUCAUCUCGCGCGUGCGCUGACUGUUGCGCUUGCAGUAUUCUUCCGCUGCCUCCUCUCACCACUGCCGUCCGACGUCCACGCAGGCAUUACAUCCGCCGCCAUCCGACACUCUUCAACACGCUCGUCGUCUAGUCCAAGGCCCCCCCUUGUGCAUGCUACUUCUUCAUUGAUGCUGCCGCAAUGACUUCGCCGGCUACAACAGAGACGGUCGACCACGCUGACGCCGUGCCUCAUGCCUCAACUCUCCAGGUGCCGGGGCAAGACGACACCGUCCCCCUUCACCAUGGAACAACCUCAGCAAUUCAUUCGGGGAAUCCCUCGACCUCACACACUCCCGCCGGAAGCCGGGCCCCUUCAGUUCGGAACCAUCUCCCAAAUAACCAAAUCGUCUAUACAGACCUCGACUUCACGCGCCCACCCGGUCUAAACUACUCCCUGCGUCCGCGGAAGAAGGCAAUCGCUAUAUUUUGGACCCUUAUCUUGCUGGAUUGCGUCGCUAUGCCAAUCGCGCUAUAUUUCGGGCUGUGGUACGGCACAAGCUUGUCGCCAAAUGCCGUCUUCAGUAUAAGCACAGGGGCACUAGGUACUGUCUCAAUCGUCGAGUAUUUCCUACGUUUCUACCGGCUAUGGAAGAAAGGGUCGACCUGCCGAGUGAUUGGCGCUCAACGCUUCUAUCUGGACUGGUUUCACUGGAAUCUCUCAGUUGCGUGGUUUUUUGUCAUGAUCGAAUUGAUUGCUGGCACUGUCCCAGCACACCCUCCAAUUCGACUCCUUGCCAUGCCUGUAUCCACGAUGUGCUUUGCGAUCGGAACCGAGAUGUUGAUCAUUGACAUCGCACGUUUUUUCGGCAUGAGGGCUCCAUGCAGGAUAUCAUCCCUCCCCAUGGGUGCUCCUCUACGACCAGGCAUAUACGCUUAUAUCGAAGACGUGUGUGCGGUAGAUGGCUCCGGAGGAACCGAGUUUCGCCAACGCCUGAACCUCCGAUACCAAGCCAGUCAUAUGUUCCGGCAGAUGUUGCAUAGAUUGACGCUCUUCUGGGCGCUCGGUGCCAUCCUUAUAUCGGCCGCCACGACUGCCAUUAUUUUCACUAUCAACCAUGAUGUUGCAUAUGUUCUUGGCUGGACCAUCCCAUUCGCAUGGGCAGGCAUUUGGGCCCUCAUCACGACAAAGUGGGUCCAAGUUAGUUUACGCCAUGAGUACGCUAGUUGGGAGGAAGUCAAAUGUGAGUGCUUCCAUGUUAUCUCGACAGGUUUCCAAAAUUUAACUAACCUUCUCACAGGGAAACCUUGAGCUGAUCGUAAAGCGCUUCCGUAUCGUGUUCAGAUUUCCAUAGGGCAUAGCGACGGAGUUGGAGGUGAGCUAUAUAAAUAC